AAGAGGAUCUAAUCAGCGUCGAUUUUGUCAUUGAUCUCUUGGCAUACCAACUCGUCGGUAUUGCCGGCAGAAACUAAGCGCGUUCCCCACAAUUCAUCGCGAUCGCGAGUCUCAAUCAAUUGCAUUGUUGCAACCAGUACUAUACCUUGCUCUGUCCUCGACCGCUACCACUGAAUGCCUUCCCUACUGACCAAGGUCGCCAUCGGAGCACUAGGAGCAGCCUAUCUCGAUGCCAAAUUAUUCCUUGCUGCCGAUAUGCGCAAAAUUUUGGAAGGCUAUACUAGCCUAAAGGGAGCAAAAGCAGUGGUCGAAGCUGAGCGCGACCAUUGCUCGGCUUACCAGGCCAUCGAUCUCCUUCCAAGGGACCGCGAUAAUGAGGAAGCCAUGGCUUUUGAGGGGCGUCGAUGGACACGAUCGCAAAUGCGAAGACAAAUUGCACGCAUAGGCAACGAGUUACUCGCAAAGGGCAUUAAGAACCGUGACAACGUUGUCGUACUGCUCAAUAACAGCCCUGAGUUUGUCUUCCUCUUCUGGGCCAUGCUCAGGCUUGGUAUCAUUCCUGUACUUGUUAAUACUUCACUUGGAAAAGACCGGCUGCGCAGCUGUGUGGUCAUGACGCAUCCAGUCGCCGUCAUCACUAGCUACGAGUUGCUUGGUGGCCUGGUUGAGUCGUUGCAAAACGACGAGCUGCUGUCCAAGGUGAUCGUCUACGAUUACAAUACUUAUCCGGCAAGCCCUUUCGAUCAUGUCAUUGUGCACGAUCAGCUACCAGACAAUGACAGCGGAGAUGUAUGGGUCAAGCCGAGCGUCAAGAAACAUGAAACGGCCAUGAUGCUGUUCACGUCCGGCUCUACAGGCCUCCCCAAAGCCUCUUCUAUCCCAGCUCAUUUUACGCUGAUGUGUAGCUUGCGACAGGAAUUCUUGACCGACGACACAAUGUAUCUGUGCCUGCCACUAUUUCAUGGUACAGCAACGCUCAUCGGCCUGAUCGGGGCAACCUCCUCUCGUCUAGUCCUCGCACGCCGAUUCUCAAGCCGUCAAUUUUGGCAAGAUGUGCGAGCAGAGCGCUGCACAGUCACCCUGUACAUUGGCGAGAUGAUUCGCUACCUACUUCAGCAGCCUGAAAAUCCUCUUGAUAGCAAGAACGACAUGCGCAUGUUUUAUGGACUCGGGCUUGGCUCGCCAAGUGACUGGAAUGAGUUUCGUCGCCGAUUCGAUAUUCCAUGUAUUGUCGAGUAUUACGGUUCAACGGAGGGGACUGGAACUUUCACCAAUCGCAACUAUAAUAGCCUUGGCGCUGGUAAAUGUGGCCACAAAGGUCCAUUACUUCGUGCCAUUGAUAGCCGAGUCAUUCUCGUGCGGCACGAUCUGGCCACCGGCGAGCUCAUUCGGGAAAAAGAUGGCCUUUGUCGCAAAGUAGCUCUCAACGAACCUGGUGAGGCUUUGACAAUGGUUGACGACCUCUUUCGACCACACGACUACUGGGACAAUGCAAAGGCCAAUAAUGAAAAGGUCGUGCGCAAUGUUCUCAAACAAGGCGAUGCCUAUGUGCGCAUGGGCGAUCUCUUAGCUUACGACAAUGACGGGUUUGUUGGCUAUCUGGACAGACUUGGCGAUUCAUAUCGUGUUAAAGGCCACAAUGUCUCGACCACAGAAAUCGAGGUUGUCAUUCGACGCCAUCCGUUACUCGAGACUGCCAGUGUCUAUCCAAUCAAGAAUCAAGGCAUGAUGGCUCUGGUGUUCAAGCAAGGAACCGAUCCAGAGGCUUACUCAAGUGCCGUCAACGGUAUGGAAGCAUUUAUGCGUGAGGCGGGCUUACCAGCAUAUAUGCUACCGCGCUACUGCCGCGUCGUCGAUCAAGUAGACGUGACUUCGACUUUCAAGAUGGUGAAGGUGGCGCUCAAGGCGGCGGGUACAGAAGGGGACCAUGUAUAUGAGCUUUCAAGAGGCAACGGCUACAAACCACUUGCUUCCGCCAAACUGUAGAUGCUAGAUAUGCUAG